UUCGACUUUUAAUCAAUUGGACAAUUGCAGCUGAACUAUCUAUCUAUUUCCAAGCAUUGCACAAUACUUUAAAGUGCGCACUUGAAGUCAGCUGAAGUUUGAGAAGGUAUAAAUCUAUCAGUAACGAUGGCGUUGAACGCCACAAGCAAAUUAUUAAGGUCCGCGAGUCCUAUCAAGCUUUUAACAGCAAGUUACCAUCCCAAUGUUAUUGAUCACUAUGAGAACCCAAGAAAUGUUGGUUCUUUGGACAAGAAGGAUGACAAUGUUGGCACUGGAUUGGUUGGGGCCCCAGCUUGUGGGGAUGUGAUGAAAUUGCAGAUCAAAGUGGAUGACAAUGGUAAAAUUAUUGAUGCCAAGUUCAAGACAUUUGGAUGUGGUUCAGCCAUUGCAAGUAGCUCCUUGGCAACAGAAUGGGUCAAGGGCAAAACUGUUGAUCAGGCUCUCAAGUUGAAGAAUACUGACAUUGCUAAGGAGUUAUCACUCCCACCAGUCAAGUUGCAUUGUUCAAUGCUUGCUGAGGAUGCCAUAAAAGCAGCUCUCUCUGAUUACAGAAUUAAGCAGAAGAACAAAGACAAAACUGCUGAAUAAAUGCCCUAACAAUACUUGGGAAUUUUGGGAUGGAGUAGUCAAAUUGGAUAUUUUAAUGUUAUAUUGGAUGCUUAAGAUUUUGUGCAAACACAUGUAGAGUUAAAGCAGAAAUAAAUAGAUAAUAACAUA